UUUUGAAGUGUGGAUAAGAGCUAAUUUUGAUGGUCAUUCUGAUUAUUAAGCCAGAUUUAAGAUAGCUGAAAUAGGUUUUUCGGACAUUAAUUUGCUACAAUGAGCCUUAUUGCACGUAGAAGUGAUCGCACAAGGCGUUUCUUUGGGACAAGAGAGCAUUGACGAAAUGAUAAGGAAGAAACAAUUAUGUUUCGUGCAUACAAAGGACGGGAUGAUGUUUUGCUUCCAGAGAUAGUAGUUGCUAGAUAUGGGGUCGAGCUGAAAAAUGAAAUUGUCCUGAUUGAUCUUUGUGACAACUGUAUCAAGCUUAGAUUAAAAAAAUGGGGAAACAAAAUCUGGAUACCUUCCGGUGAGGUAGACAAGUUAUUUGCUUUCUAUAAGUUCAAGAGUGCGGUGAAAAUCGGUCUAAUGCAUGUCACAAGUGUCAUAUUUUUUGUGACUCCUGUGGAUAGGCGAAGUAAACCAAUUUAUAUGGAUUUCUAUGCUUUUCACUAUGUUAAAGAUAUUGUUGAUAUAUCUUUACUAAAAGUAAUUCAAGAUGAGUUGGGAUUGAACUAUUUUGACGGACUGGAUGAUGUUUCAUAUGGUAUAGAAGAUAAUGAGAUGCAUCGAAAUAUGAAAAGUUCUGGUGUGCAAAGGAUUCAAACGAACACUUCCAAUGGAACUACUGUCAAGAAGAGGUCAAUAACAAAAAAAAGAGGAUGUGUUGCUGAACAUUAUAGCAAGAGGUUAACGGAGUAUGAUAUGAAGGCUGAUCGAUUUUAUAUUCGCUGUGAGUUUGCUAGAUUAUUGCUUAAGAGUGGUGGAUCGGAACAAUGGAAAUUUACUGUUAAGGACUCAAAGAUUACUAAACCCUUUACAAUGCAUGUGUUGAAAAGUAAGGGCAAGAAUUGAGAGUACAAAAUUGGACCCAAAUGGAAAGAUUUUGUCAAGAUGCAUAAACUUAGUCCUGGAUAUUUAUGUGUAUUUAGAAGUGUUUCGAACAAAAAUCAUUUGGUUCAGGUUUCUGUGGUUAGAAACUAAUUAUUCAGAUGCUUUGAUACUUUCUUUUGUUAAUUUUGGGAUAUGUAUUCUAUUUUGGACUCUGGGUUUUUGAUUAUCUAAAAUUCAAAAUAUGUAUGGGAUGUGAACUUGUUGGUUAAGUUAGUUAGUUUUUUAUAUCAGAUGUGAACAGUCAAAUUAAUAUGCUAUUUGGUUAUAUCA